AUGGCUACAACAGAAGCCAAGGUCGAAGUACCCAAGGAGAUCGAGGCCCAGCGCAAGACGAGGUGCCCUGACAACGUCCUCGUGGCCAUCUAUGGCAACGCAGAGGACAAGAAGAAGGCCUACGAUGCCUCCCUCAACAGGUGGUGGGCGGAGUACUCGGACAGGAAGAACGACGAGGAGGACGAGCACGUGUCUGACAGCCUGCUGUAUGACCGCAGCCACUUGCCGCGAACCGCGCCGCCGCCCGAGUGCGUGCAUGAGGCGCGCGCGCUGCAGCGCCAGCUGGAUAUGCCGCAGCCGGCCGUCCCCGGCAAGCCCGACGUCGUCUGA